AUGGCGACCGCUCCUCCCAACCUCUACAGCUUCCCGAACUCGGAUGCUUUGGCCCAGCAAUUGCGCGUCUAUGUGCUUCGUGCGCAAAAUGCCGCCUUGAGCCGCCAUCACAGUUUCCGCCUCGCUGUGUCGGGUGGUUCCCUGCCUGCCAACCUGGCCAAGGCCCUCCUCGCCCCCAGCAAUGGAACCCCCGAAGACACCCCUCAGUUCGAUAAGUGGCACAUUUUCUUCGCUGAUGAGCGUGCCGUGCCUCUCGACCACGAAGAGAGCAACUACCGCCUCGUGAAGGAAGAGCUCGUUGCAAAGAUCCCCGCGGAGCUCGGUACUCCGGUCAUCCACCCCAUCGACGAGAAGCACGUCCACGACGACGACCCCCAGGAGCUGGCCGACCUGUACCAGGAGGAUCUGAUGCGUGAAUUUGCCGCCAAGGAUAGCGUCAAAUUACCCGUGUUCGACCUCAUCUUGCUCGGCUGUGGUCCCGAUGGCCACACCUGCUCGCUGUUCCCUGGCCACGAGCUGCUCCGCGAAAAGGACGCCUGGGUUGCUGCUGAGACCAACUCUCCCAAGCCUCCCCCCAAACGUAUCACUCUCACUCUGCCUGUCGUGACGCAUGCCAUCAACAUUGCCUUUGUCGCCACUGGUGCGGGUAAGAAGGAAAUCCUGAAGCAGAUCUUCGAUCUGGAGGAGGGCAGCAACCUACCCUCUGCUCUGGUCAACCAGGGUGCCGGUCAGAAGGUCAGCUGGUUCACUGAUCACCCGGCAGUGGACGGAGUUGCUUUCGCUCGUCGUGGAAGCCUUUGA